CCCGGGGCCGGGUCUCUCCCUCACCGGGACGGGGCGGGCGCUACCCGGGGCUGGGGCCGCCGCCCGGGCCGCGCACUUCCUCAGCGUCCCCCGGCGGUACGGAGCGGGGAGACAUCCGCGGAGGGACGAUGACCCAGCGACGGGAGCACGGAGCCACCGAGCCGCUGGACAGGGAACUGGAGGCCUUGGGGUGGUACCAUGAUAACCUCACCAGACAUGCAGCAGAGGCACUGCUGCUUUCCAAUGGGCAGGAUGGAAGCUAUCUCCUGAGGAAAAGCCAGGAAAGGGAAGAUCUGUACUCCCUCUCUGUAAGGGGAAAAGAUUCUGUGAAACACUUCCAUAUUGAACAUACAGGAACUUCGUUCAAAUUUGGAUUUAAUGAGUUUCCUAGCUUGAAGGAAUUAGUCAUGCACUUUGCAAAUCAGCCUUUAAUUGGGAGUGAAACAGGAACUCUCAUUGUCCUGAAGCAUCCCUACCCCCGGGCAGUGGAGGAGCCUGCCAUCUACGAGUCUGUGCGGGUGCACACAGCCAUGCAGACAGGCAGGACAGAAAGGGACCUGGUUCCCAAUGCUCCCUCACUCGGUACUAAAGAAGGAUAUUUGAUAAAACAAGGCAAAAUAGUCAAGAACUGGAAGACAAGGUGGUUUACACUGCACAGGAAUGAACUUAAGUAUUUCAAAGACCAGACAGCCACAGAACCAAUUCGGGCACUGGACUUAACUGAAUGCUCAGCUGUGCAGUUUGACUAUUCCCAGGAGAGAGUCAAUUGUUUCUGCUUAGUGUUCCCACUGAGGACAUACUACCUGUGUGCAAAAACUGGAGUGGAGGCUGAUGAGUGGAUGAAAAUACUGCGCUGGAAACUGUCACAAAUCCGGAAGCAGGUGGAGCAGCACAGUGCCCCCCUCAGUUCCUAGCUGUACCUCCAGCUGGCAGCACUCUGCCCAGGGGAAGGCACCACUGACAAGAGGAGGGUUUCACAUCUCCCAGUGACACCUGCCACGUGUCUGUGCCUGCACAGGGACUCUGGCUCUCAGCUCUGCAACUGGGUGCUCUCGGGCUGGGCAGUCACUGGUGGAGACAGUUGUAAGAUCAGAGUGUUGGUUUGGGUGUGCACAGUGCACACCGAGUUCACAGCAGCCACCCUGUCACACUUCUCUGGCUGUUUGAGGCACUCUCUUUGAUAAUUGAUUGCAAGAUCCAUCUCAAUUAUCCAUCAGCAGCAUCUUCUGCAACCUGGAGCCUGUCACUUAAAGCCACUCCUUUCUGGAAACAUUAACUCUGUCUUUUGUUCAGGCUCUUAAAAGAAGAAUGAGAGAGGUAAUGACAUUUUUUGUAAACAGUACCCUGUAUUACAACCCAGAGAGUAUCCCAGCACCCUUUUGAAGGUGAUGGAUGAGUUCUGCUGCAGUCCAGGUGUGUGUGGCUCAUGAUGUGAUGGCUGCAGGUGAAGAGCUGUUUCCCACAGCACUUGUGGGUGAGGGUAAGCAGCAUCCUGCCAUAGCUCCUGGUCACAAACUGGGAUGAUGAGAAACAGGCAGCAGGUUCCCAGCAGCUCUGCCACCUAAGCACAGGUGACAGGCCUGUGCAAGAAGCCUUUGUUACUAAAAUUAUGUGUUGGCCCCCUUAAAAAUGGGCUGGAUUUGGUACUUUUGGCUCAUGCAGAAAACUCAAUACAAGGUUUUGCCCAGAACUGUGUUCUAGAAUCAAGUGCUGCUUGCUUUAUAGUAAAGAAGAUCAGCCACAGAAAAAGCACCACGUACAGUCAAAGUACACAUUUAAAAGAACCCAUCCAGCUGAUGGAAAUUCCCACCUGCAUCUGGAGGACUUGCAGAGAUACCAUGGGGUUGGGGCUCCCUAACAGAGCUGUGAAGUGGAAGCACAGAACUUUGGUGCUGUAGUCAAAAUAAACCUUACGUUUUGAAGCAAAUUUUGAUGCAGCUGCAGGGCCUGGUCUCACAGCUGACAGAGCUGCAAGACCCCCGCAGGAUCCUGCUCCUCCCCCAGGGAUGAGGAAAGGGGAGGGGGACACAUCCCCCUAGGUAAUGGUCACAUUUCUACCAGAAGUGCCUUCACACCUUCUGCUGUGCAGAGUGCUGUGGCACUGGGCUUCCUGCUGCUGACACAGCAGCUCAGUGGCCAUCAGAUGCCUUUACUGUGAAAGGACUUCAGAAAAGGGGGGGAACAUACUGCAAGAAAAAAGUAUAGAUUUGGACAUAGCAAUUGGGGUUUAUUUCAACU